UGUCAAUUUCAAAUAAUCAAAACAUUGAAAAUGUUCAAUGAGUAGUGUCGAAAUUUUAUUAAAAUUCUUCAUAUCACAACAUAAAUCACUAUGAGUCGGCCGAUGUGUCUAUUGUUUAGAUUUAAAUUCAGCAGAGUUCAUUUACAUUUUAGAAAAAUUUCCUCCAGAGGAUUUUCACUUAUCAAUAAAUCGUAUUUUCCAAAUUAUAACCUCAAAAUCGCAAAAAUGAAUUUACAUUCAAGUGCUCCUUGCAAAAAAAAAAUAUUUAUCAAUAAUGAAAAUAUUUAUGCCUAUGAUAUUAUCACUAAAGAUUACGAACAACAUCCACCAGUCAAUAUUGAUCAUGAGGUCACUACUCUUGAUGAAUUCAAUACUAUACUUAAUCAGAACUGGAAAGAAUCAUCUUCUUCAAACAUCGUGAAAGCUUUCAUGAGUACUCAGAAAUUUUGUUUUUCCAACAAUAUAACACUAUCAGACAGUCGAUUUGAUAAUUUGGUUGAUGGUCUGAUGGAUAACUGUGAAAAACUCAGUGAUGAUGAACUUAUUAAUCUCCUGUAUUCUAUUUCUGACUUUCCUUCUUGUGAAACUUACCAUUCUCACAAUUUUCAUGAUAUAUGGAGCUGUUUGGAUGACAUUUGUUGUUGGAAAAUGACUGACUGGAGUGUAGAUACAUGUUUUAUUGUAGCUAAUGCUUGGUACAAACUGAAUUUAGGUAGAAUUUGCGAUUUUAUUUUUGUACUCAUUGAUAGAUUUGUCAAAAAAGCUGACAGAUUGAGUAAAGGACAGCUUGUGAACAUGUUCUUUUACUUUAACCUUUGCCGCAAACGAGCAGUAGAUUUUGAAUAUGAAUUCGCUCUAGAAAAAUUCGUCAAAUACAUGAGUGCAGAUGAAAUGGCUAUUGUGGCUAUGGGUUACUUCAAAACAAAAACUAAAAUAAAGUUGUUACCUAUUAUGGAAGCAAUGAUACAAGAAGUAAUUAUCAACAGUAAAUCUAUUCAUGAAAUUUCGUUAACUGCAAUUUUAAAGGUAUUGCGUCUAUCAAAACCUAUAAAAUUGUCCAAUGAAGUCAGUCAUAUGUUAGAUGUUCUUCAACAUGAAAUACACCGUCUUUCAGAAUUGUGCUGUCUCCACAUAGCACUCAUGGGUACUGGUGUUCAAACCUAUCACGAAACCUCUCUUCAAAAAGCAUCUCAGAAAAUAGCAUCAAAUAUUACUGAUAAAGAAAAAAUUCGUUUGAAGGACAUUGAACGCAUUUUAAAUGCACUCACAAUGUUCAAUUGUGAUCCUAAAACCAAUCCUGAUAUUUAUGAAUCAGCAUUCAUAGAAUUACAUAAACAAAACCGGAUAGAAGAAAGAAUCAAAUAUCCUAGAUGCUUACCUUGUGCUCUGAAUUAUUUUAGCUUGAGAAAUAUUUACUCAUAUGAACUAAUGGACAGAAUCUUAGAUUCAGAAUUUAUUGAAGAGAGCUAUGGAAAAGGUGCAAAAAUGUUGGGAAGAGAACUAUUUUCUUUAGAUUGUUCAAUAGAAAUAGAGUGUCCCGGAUAUAAAGGUAACAGAUUACCACUAAACUUGAAAUAUAAAGGUGCCAAGUGGCUGACAGAUUUUGCUCCAGCACAUGAUCAGUGGAAGAAAAAAACAGCAGCCGAUAAAUUAUUUUUAGAUACAGCAGACACUGUUAAACAGGUUGUUGGAGAUGACAGUUUUAUGUUCAUACAGCAUAUUCUUCCACAUUUUGCUAAAGCAGAUAUAAUACUCUGCAGAGAUAGAACUGGACAAUUUGUGAAACCCAUUGGUUUUGAAAAUUAUGUUUUUGGUGAUGUAAUGUUUCCUUUCAACAAUGGUCAUUUGAAAUGGUUCGCCAUUGUUGUGUUGACCUGGAAUAAUACUAUGAAAUGUGGUAAUGCUUACAUGCCUCUUGGAAAUAUGCUCAUGAAGAAGAGACAAUUGGAGAAAAUGGGAUACAAUCCAGUGUUUGUUUUCUGGAAUGAAUUUUUAGAUCUAUCUAGUGAAAUGCGAUACAAAUAUGUAAAAAGUAGAACAGACAAAUUGAGAUAGAAGCAUUUCUUCUGCUUGGCCCAAUUUUCAAAUAGUCAAUAGCAGUGGAGUUUUGAUGUGGAACGAAUUUAACCAAAAUUACCUCAUCUAC